AUGACACCAGAAGAUAAAGUGUAUACAAAUUUGACUCCAAUCGAUCAACUACCAGAACCACCAGCAUUGGGCAUCCAGUAUAAUGAUGUAGAUGAUGAUCCAUAUGAUGGCAUACCAUAUUCCAAAUCUGAUGUGAAAAAUAAUGAAACUCUACAAGAAAACAUACCAUCAACCUCAAGAGAGUUGCCUGAUCAUAAUGAAGAUUUAAUCAUUGGUGCCUUAGAACAAAGGACAAAUAACAAUUUGUUUGAUUUUUUAACAUCGUCAGCUGUAACUUCAGAUGAUUCUCUGCAAGAAAGUUUUAUAGUUGGUGAAGAUGAAAAUAUUUCUGUACUUCCAUUUCAAAAUGAUAUUGACAAGAAAUCUUCUUCAAACGUAUGCUGUUGUGAAAAACUAGAUGUUUUGAUUUCUAUGAUUGGAAAAAGAUCUAAUAGAGAUACUCAAAUUAUGACACAAUUAAUGAACUUGAAUGGAUCUAAUACUAGAAUCACUGCUGCUCUUCAGCGCUUGGAUGACAAGGUGCAGAAAAUAAUGACUGCUGACAAUAGAAUUCGUGCCUUAGCAACACCAACGCCAACGAUUCCAUCACCUAUCUUUGACUUACUGCCAGUCAAAAGUAUUGAAGAUAUAGCUGUAGUAGAGGAAUUAUUAACACCAACUGCAGAAAAUAAUGCUUUACAGUAUAAAGAAGAACUGAAAACAUUCCUGUAUAUUAAGUAUGGUAACCUACAUCUAAGUGCAGCAAUAAGAGGUUCAAUAGAUGCAUGUUUCUACAAUGAGGUACUAUGCMAUUAUAGCUAUCGGGGAAAAAUAAAAAAAUUUUGAUGUGCUGGAAAUCUGGAAUUAUACAAUGUAAUACGUGAGGCUUUAUCUGGUUUAAUAAAAACGGCGUCGGAUGAAACAACAUUUCAUAAAGUUGUAGACAAUUACUUAAGACAUGCA